AUGGACUUGGGCGAGAUCAAGGAGGCGAGGGCGGCUUUAGCCUUCCGAACUGCAUGCUCCGUGAUGAUCUGCUACAUCCUUGGAACGAUCGCCUCGGACCACACAAGCGAGGCGCUUAUGAACUCGCACUCCCAGGCAGCUUUGCUCUCCGUCAUGGCCUUCAUGGUUUCUACAACUCUGCUGGGCGCGACCUGCAAGAUGAGCUUCACCUUGGGCUUGUCUUCGUUGGUGCUGGUGCCUUUGGGCAUCGGUGUGGGUUUCCUGUGCUACCUGGUUGGUGGCAUGGAGUGGCGCGCUUGGAUCUUGAGCAUAGGCCUCGGGGUUAGCUGCUUCCUGGCGGUGCUGUGGGGAGCGGUGGCGGAAUCCAUUCAGCCGCCCCGGGCCUUGCCGGCAGGACCCCCGCUUGCCAUCAUGCUGCUUCCGGGUCUGGCCUUGCAACUGCAUAACAACACGGAUCUCCUGCUGAACACUGCUUGCAUGACUGCAUACAUCAUCCUUGGCCUUGCUAUCGCCCUGCUCUUCAGCUGGCUACCCUUGGUUGGUGCUGAGCCGGCUUGGCGGCACAUGCCGGCGCUGGCUGCACGUCUAGCCACAGUGCUGGCGGAGAUGUGCGAGGUGGUGACAAUUUGGCAGACGCCCACCACCGCGGCCUUGCUGCGGCACCGGGAGUGCCGCUUGAGGUUGCUCAAGACCCUUCACGAGUUUCGCCUCGCCCAAGAUGCCAAUGCAUUUGAACUCUGGCAAUCCGGAAACUUAAGUGGAUUUGACUGGGCCAGAUUCUCCAGCGCAACAGAGAGCUGCCGCCUGUCGCUGAAUAUGAAGUCCGGCAUAUUGGCAUUGGGCUUUGACCCAGUGCAUGAAGAAAUAUGGUAUCGAGGACCUCUUGGCGAGGCCAUGCGACAAUGCUGCCUCAGCGCGUCGGCCGCACUCCGCAGCAGCUCCUCGCGGCUGGCAGCAACGGCUGGGGUGCCGCCACCUGCGCAGGUCCCAGCUGCUCCUUGGCUUGCUUCUGACCACGCCACUGCCGGUGAGUGUGAGGAGGCUGCCGAGAAGUGCCGCCGGGUCCUUGGCCGCUACCUGGCGGCGUGGCAGAACGAGGUGGAUGGCCGGGAGCGCAUCGAGGAGGCGCUGCAGAAGGCGAACCGGCCUCGCACCGGCUCCGCGUCGCCAAUGACGAUGUUCCUCAGCGGGAGGCACCUCGAGGUUGGAGGCUUACAGCUGGAUGAAGCGCGCAUGGCAGCUUUUGAUGAGGCCUGCCGCCACGCGGCCUGCUUCUUGGGAGUGUGCAACGCCGCAAAGGCUGCUGCAGAGAUUGCCACAAUCGUGGCACAGGCCAAGGAGACCUCGGGCCACUGCAUCGUGGGUUGCUCCUGGCUGUCCGCGUGGCUGCGGGCGCCCUUUGCCUGCAGUGCUUGGCCCAAGGCCUUUGCCAAGGUGAAAUCCUUUGCUUUCCGAUUGGCCGUGGCGCAGAUGAUGAUUGCCUUGAUUUGUGUCUUUGUGGAGCCAAACUCUGUGUGGCCCAGCAAGAAGGGACCCCUGUGGACUCUCUUCACCAUUGUGCUGAUCAUCACACCUGUCCAGGGUGCAUCGCUGCUGCGGAGCCUGCACCGGAUCCUGGGCACCUGCUUCGGCAGCCUCUUGGCGCUGGCCUCUAUUGCGCUCACCGGCACUGUGAACGCACGAACACUCUCUUCGCACAUCUUCUUGCUGGCCUUGGUGAUGAAGUUUUUUGAGCCGGAGCUUCAAUAUACUGGCGCAGUUUCCUUCAUCACCUUCAUAGUAGUGAUGAGCAACAUAUCAGAUUCCACGGACUUCAGCUCGGAAACCGAGAUGAUUGAGCUCACAUGGAGCCUGACCUUGCGGCGAUGCUGUGACGUCCUUGCCGGAGUACUCGCAGCCAUGGUCGUGAGCAUAUUCGUGGCUCCAGAUCGCGCAGUGGAUGCGCUGCGAUUGCGCGAGGAAACUGCGCUGCAAACUGCUGCCAGCGUGAUCCGCGCUGCGGCGCGGCAUUUGGCGCUGCGCGCAAAAGGUCAGCAGCCUGGGGAGGAGCCCUGGAGCGAGCUGCACAAGGAGACCGUUACCAGCUUCGAGGGGCUGAACUUUGGAGGUGAUGGUCGGGCCGGCGUGGCCGACCUGUUGGCCGACGCGCGCUGGGAAAGCCGCUGGGGUUUGGAUGGCGGCAAGCUGGUCCUAGGCGGCUUGCUGUGGUUGCCCUGGUGCUCCAAGUCUGCGCACCCCGGCCGCCGCCGUCUGGAGGUGGUCGAGACGCUGUCACGGCUGCUGCGCCUGGCCAACUUGCUCAUCUCAGUCCUGCAGCCUGGGCUCGGCGAGGAUGCCGAACGGCUUCUGUCCCAUGACCGCCGCGUCGUGGAUGCCCUCGGGCCCGAAGCCAAAGACUUCAACAAGUCGGUGGAUGAUGUCCUCUCAUCUGCGGUGGCCAUGCUGCAGAUGCCGGGCCAUUGUGAAACAGAGGACUUGGAGGCGCAGUUGCGGCUGCUGCUGCAGGGCUGCGCUGCGUCGCGGGUGGCAGCGGGCGGCCUGUUGCGCUCGAACCCUGCUGCGGGCGGGCAGCGUGCGCUGGGCGGCCUACAUGCAGCGGCAGCGCUAAAGCUCCUACAGGUGGCCGCGGAGUGUCUGAUGCAGGUCGGCCGAGAGCUGGACGUGCUAAGCCCAAGCACGCCUGGUCUCCGAGCAGUUCAGACUCCGAAUCAGCCAGUGAUUUUCCGAGCUCGUGAGAGGCUUCAGCCACUGGGCUCAAUGGCUUUGAGGACGAGUGGCUGA